AUGAAUUUGUCUCAUUUAUCUUCACACCUUCAUGAGAAAAUAUUUCGGCCCGAAGAAUGGCCUAAUGCGUCACCUGAACAGCAUCUCCCUAUAAUUGGAAGUCACCAAAUGUUUUCAAUCAUGGCUGGUUGGUAA